AUGGAGGUUAAGUGUAGCGGGCCAGGUGGACUGUGCUUCACACACACACACACACACACACGAGCACUUUGCGUACAGCCCCACCUGCGCAGUACAGACUGGCUUACAAUGCACCGUGCGCCCGGGUGCUCGGAGUGGAGAUCGAUCCUCGCGUCUCUGAUUCGCCUGGCCGAGUCAGAGUAUCUCUCCUCGAUGGUGUUCAGACAAGGUCGGUUUGAGCCAAUCAUGCCUUUGAUAGUGGAACUGCCCGAGGAUUUAGGCACCGGCGCACUUUUGUCGUGCUGGCCUCCACCUUUCGGGUCGAUCUUUUCAAACGGGCUGAUUGAGUCCCCUCGGCCCUAUCUGCUUGGGCCACUUUUGGCGAGCUUUGGAGGCCUUUUUGGACACAAGACUGGUAAAAUGCAACUUUCAGACCUUUAUUAG